AUGUUAAAACUUUUUAUUUUUUUUAUUUUAUUUUUAUUUUUUUCUCCCAAAUUCACUUUUCAAAUAGAUUUGGGGGGAAAUACAAACAGAAACUCAAAUAUUUAUAAAAACUAUGAUAUAUCUAUUCUUAAAAAAGAAUAUGAAUCAAUUAUAAGCGAUAUAAGUAUAAAUAACAUUGAUUACGAAAGUGACUUAACAAAUAUUUUAAAUCAAUUAAAUAAUUUACAGUUUACAAAUUUUACAAAUUUCAACAGUUUGGAAUGGUACAACAGUAAUAAUAUAAAUAGUAACAAUACACUCUAUACAAUUAAUGAUAAUAAUGUCAGCGAUAAUAAAGUUAAAGUUGGUAUUGUUGUUUCAAGCUUUGAAGGUAUGCAUUCAACAUCAGGUAUUGGUACAGUCUAUUCAAUUCUUUCAGAGUUUUUAAAAGAAAAGGGUUAUGAUGUAACAGUUAUUUAUACAAGAGACGAAACACCAGAAAGAAAGAGUUUCUAUGAGUGGAAAGUUGAUUUAAAGAGAAGAGGUAUUAAUUUAGUUCACUUACCAAAUCCAACUGUUCGAGUAGACAAUCCAUUAUUUGUUAGAAAAUCGUAUCAGGUUUAUCAAUAUUUAAAGAGCCAAUCAUUUGAUAUAUUACAUUUCCCAGAUUUUGAGGGUAUGGCUUAUUAUUGUUGUUUAGCAAAGAAAAAUGGUUUAUAUUUCAAUUCAACAUCCAUUGUAGUAGGUCUUCAUGGUCCAUCUGUUUGGGUAUCAAAAUCAAAUCAAAACCAAAAGAUUUCGCUUCAAAAUGACCAACUCGAACUUGAUUUCAUGGAAAGAAAGUCUGUUGAAAUGGCCGAUAUCAUCUGGACUCCAAGUAAUUAUAUUGUCAACUGGUUAAUUACCGAAGCUGGAUGGACAAUCCCACAAUCAAAUCUUUAUCUUUUACCUUUCCUCCCACCAAAACAAACAUCUUUAACAACUCAAAAAGAUUCAAAAUCAAGCUCAAUUAAAGAGUUUGUAUUUUUUGGCCGUUUAGAAAAAAGAAAGGGUUUGGCAUUGUUUUGUGAUGCUUUAGAUCAAUUAGUAGAUCAACAUUCAAAUUUAUUUGACGAUAAACCAAAAAUCAAAGUUUCAUUUUUAGGUCGUUCAUCAACCAUCAAUUCUAUCGACUCAAUAGAGUAUCUUAAAGAUCGUUCUUUAUCAUGGCCAUUUAAAGUUUCGUUUUUAACUGAAAUGUCCUCAUCAGAAGCCAUCGAAUAUCUCUCAGCUGGACUUGAUAAAGUUGCUGUUAUCCCAUCAUUAGAAGAUAAUGCUCCAUAUACUUUAUACGAAUGUCUUUAUAUGGGUAUUCCAUUUAUUGCAAGUUCACAGUCCUCAAUGAUUCCAUUAAUCAACAAAGAUGACCAACAGGAAGUUCUUUUUAGUUCAAGAAGCUCUUUCUCUUUAAUGAAUAAAAUUUUCUCAAUUUUAAAUAGUCCAGAUUCAUCUCACAAGAUUGUCAAACCCUUGUUCACCAAAGAUAAAUCUGAACAAACUUGGUUAAAUUUUUACAAGUUCAUAAUUAACCAACAAGAAGAGAAACAAAAAGAAACUGGUAUUUUAUUUAAUGAUUUCAAAGGAAAUAUGACAUCAGGUAGUGGUAUUGCAAUAUCCGAAGGUGAACCAUUGGUCUCUAUAUGCAUUGUUCAUUUUAAUAGACCAUUUUACUUAAAACAAGCAUUGGAAUCAAUCGAAAAUCAGGACUACUUAAACUAUGAGGUUAUAUUGGUUGAUGAUGGUAGCUCUAAUCAAGAUGCUCUCGACUACAUCAAAUCGUUAGAAAACAAAUUCAAAUAUAAUGGUUGGAAAAUUAUUCAAACUGAAAAUAGAUAUUUAGGUGCCGCUCGUAAUGCUGCAUCAAAAGAAGCAAAUGGAAAGUAUCUUUUAUUCCUUGAUGAUGAUAACUAUUUGUACUCUAAUACAAUUUCAACCUAUGUCAAAAUCGCCACCAAUACUAAAUCUAAUGUUGUAACCGCUGCUCAUUCAAUUUUCAAUUCAUCUUUAUCGCCAAUUUCUGAACAAGUCGUUAUCGAAAGACAAUGGGUUCCAUUAGGUCCAUCCCUUUCUGUUGGUCUCUUUAAGAAUUGUUUUGGUGAUGCAAACUUUUUCAUUGAAAAAAAGUCAUUCGAAUCUAUUGGUGGCUUCACAGAAGAAUAUGGCGUUGGUUUAGAAGAUCAUGAAAUUUUAGCAAAGUUGGUCAUUGAAGGUUACAAGCUCUCUGUUUCAACUGAGCCAUUGCUUUAUUAUAGAAUGCAUGAUCCAGAAAACCAAAUGAUUUUCAAUACAGACUCAAAAUCAAAUCAAAUGCGUUAUAUUCGUCCAUUCUCUCAAGUUUUAUCAAAUGGUCAUGUUCCAGUAUUAAAGGUUUUAGCUUCAAACGCUGUUCGUCACUCUAGUAAACUUGCCCUCAAUUCACAAUGCAACAUUACCUUAUCAUCUGUUCAACCAAGAUUUGGCUCUCCAUCAGGUGGUACAUUAAUUACAAUUAAUGGUAAUGGGUUCAACUGUGGUGUAACUAGUGUUUUAUUGGGUGGUGCUUCGUGUCUUAAUCCAAAAGUAAAAACAGAUUCAAUUUUAACUUGUACUACACCAGAAUCAUCAUCUAAUGGAACAGCAGAUCUCUCUGUUAAGGGCCAUGAUGGUUCAGUUGCAACUCUUAUGGAAGCAUUCGAUUAUGAAUCUAAAAUAGCUGUAAAGUCAUGUAAUCUUGGUGCCACUGCUGAAUAUCUUAGUUGUAUUCUAACCAAGCCAUCAAAUCAAGCUGAAAGUUCGUGUUAUAAAAUAUUUUCUGGAAAUUCACUUCAGUUAUUAGGUGGUGGUAGUUCGGUUAAAUGUGAAUGGACAGGCCCAUCUAUUUUAAUGGUAACCUAUGGUGGUAGUCCAAGUGUUGAAAUGAAUUCUCAAUUAGAGUUUUUGGGUGGUGGAAUUACCUCGGUCGAUGGUGAUACCAAUGAAUUCCAAACAGUUACAGUUCAACCAGCUGAAGAAGUCUCACCAAAAGUAAUUCUCAAAGCACCUCGUAUUAUCGAUGCAUGUGACCCACUUGUUUUAGAUGCAACUCAUACAACUGGUGAUAAUGGUAAACCAUUAACUUAUGUAUGGAGUGUUAGUGGUGGUGGUGCAGAUAAUAAUCAAGAGUUAAACCAACUUUUAGCUAAAAGUGUCAACAAAAUUACAAUUCCAAACAAUCUUUUAAGUGAAGGCGAAUAUGUCUUUACAUUAGAGGCUAAAAAUUGGUUGGGUUAUUCUGAUAGUUCCAGUGUUACAGUAACUAAACAAAAUGGUCCGGUAUUGUACGUUAAUAUUGAAGGCCCACCCGUCAUUAAAACUGGCACAAGUGACCUUAGUCUUAUCGGUAAUGCUUCACUCAGCGGAUGCUCAACAAAAAAUGAUACAGCUUCCCAAACAAUAACCUAUAAAUGGGAAAUCUCACCCGAAAUCGUAAUAAAAGAAAGUGCUCUAAAUAAUAAGGUACUCAAUGUUCCCUCUUCUUCAUGGGUUUAUAAUACAAAUUAUACUGUUACACUUACAGCAACAUCCGGUACUGUUUCAAAUUAUGCUACUGUUACAAUUAUUGUAGGGGGUAUACCCGUAAUUGCCAAUAUUAAAGGAGGUGAUAAAAAAUUCUCAUUGAACAAACAAAUUACUUUGGAUGCUUCUUCAUCAAUAGAUCCAACUAAUAAUGUUACAUCAACUGACUCUUUCACCUAUACAUGGUCAUGUGUUGUUCAACGUACUAAUAAAGAUUGUGGUAUCAAUCCUUUACCAUCAGAUCCAAUUAUUGAAAUUAGUACCUCUUCACUUGGAGUUGGUUUAUAUUAUUUUUCUGUUGAAGUUGCACCAAUUGACGACCCCUCAAGAUCAGGGUCCGCAACAACAUCAAUUGAGGUAACAAACAAACCAUUCCUCGAUAUCUCAAUUGAUAAAUCAUUACUCCCAACCUAUAUUAAUCCAACCGAGAAGUUAAUUUUAAGAUCCAUUAUCACUGGUUAUACUGGAAAUCCCUCAAAUCUUCAAUAUCAAUGGAGUAAAGAUCAAGGUACACUAGAAAUAAAUCCUUUAUCGGCAGCUGCAAGUACUCCAUUGAAUGGAAGAAAUUUAGUUUUAAAAGCUGGCUCUCUUGGUCCUUCAUGCCUAUAUACCUUUACUAUUACAGUAACAGAUAAGGUUAGUGGCGAAAAAGGUUCUGCAUCAGUAACAUUUAAAACCGAAGCAGCACCAACCGGUGGAGAUAUUAUUUGUCAUCAAACUAGCGGUACCGUUAUUGACCAAUACUCUAUCGAAAUGUCAAAGGAUUGGACUUCAAAUACUGGAAUUAAGGGAUAUGUAUUCAGAUAUCGUAUUGGAAAUACUCCAGAAGUUUCAUUAGGUGAUAAAUCUGAAGACAAUUCAAUUAUUACCUAUUUACCACCCGGAGAUAUCACAAUUAUUGGUUAUGUUUAUUCAGGCAACGAUAUACCAUCCACAAAAGAAUGUAAAAUUAAAGUUGAAAAAAUCAAUGACCCAGAAAGAGUUAUUAAUUUCUUAACUGGUAUUAUGACAAAUUCAUCAAUUGAUAUCUAUCAACUUAGUGUAGGUGUAAAAAUUGCUAAUUCCUAUUUAUCUUCCAAACCAAAAUCAAACUCUAAAUUAGCAACUGAAGCAGAAGUUGUAAAUAGAGCCACCCAAUUAAAAUCUUCUGGUGUCACUAUGGUUUUGGGUAAAAUCAAUCAACAAGAGACUCUUUCUGCCUAUGGUAUCUCUUCAAUUGUAGAUCUUAUUUGUACAUCCACUGAUCUUUCUACAGUGGUUCAUCCAAAAUCUCUUCAAGACUCAAUGAAAGUUAUGGAGAAAGUUGGUCCUUUAAUGAUAAAAGCCCCAAUUUUACAAAGUGAUUUCGCUUUAUCCGCUAGUUUCUUAGGUAAUGUAGAUUUACAAAUAAAAGAUCAAGUUACAGGAAUCAAUCCAGACUAUGUAGAAACAGCAAUUAAUGUUUCAUCAAAGAUUUUGACAGUAUCAUAUUUACUCGCUGAUGGUCUCCUUUAUCGUACUAUUGAUGGCGAAGAACCAAUAUCAGUAUCUGGUAAUGGACUUACAAUUACAGCAUUCAAAGCUUUACCUCAUGACUUUAACUCAAAUGGAAAAGAAAUUGGUGGUGAAAAAGGUGAUCCAAAAUUUGCACUCCCAUCUGGUAUUUUAAGCAAACAUAUUCAAUCACUUAAAGGAGAUGCUGGUGUUUCAGCUAAAUAUGUUUCAAUCCCAUCCAAUACUCAUAUCUCUCAUAAAACUCCAAAAGGUUCAACACUAAAGCCAAGAACAGUUUCUUUAAGCCUCUACAAAGACGAUAACUCCCCACUUUCAAUUAAUAAUCUUAAGAAUCCAAUUUCUAUCAACAUGGGUGCAAUUGAUAAUAAUAACAAAGAACAUAAAUGUGCAUGGUGGAAUGAAAAUAAAUUACAAUGGUCAACCGAAGGCUGUAGCACUGAAAAGAAAUCAGGAUCAAUUCAUUGUAAAUGUAGCCAUCUUACCGAGUUUGGUAUUUUAGAAUUUGCUAAAUCCUCAACUAAUAUAUGGAUUAUUAUUGGUCCAGUUAUUGGUGGUGUUGUAUUUGCUGCUCUAUUGGUUGGAACUGUUGUAUUUAUUAAAAAGAAGAAAACAAAAGAUAACAAAAAGAAAGGUAAAAAAACAAAAGAAGAAUUGGCAAAAGAAAAAGAAGAUAAGAAGCAACAACAAAGAGAAAAGAAAGAACAAGAAAAAAAAGCAAAAGAAGACAAAAAGAAAGCAAAGGAGGAUAAAAAAGAUGAUGCAUCUUCCUCAAAAGAUGAACCUCACGAAAAAGAUAGUAUGGAGAUUCCAAAGACAAAUAAAGAUAAAGAAUUUGGUGAUGAAAAUGACGUUCAAUAUAUUCUUCAAGAAUUCAAAGAUAUUUAUGGUGAGGCUAAAAAGAGAGAACAACAAAAGAUACUUAAGAAUCAACCAAUAUCUCCUGUCUCUUCCACUGGUUCAUCAUUAAGUAAUAACUCUACCCCAGCUACAUCGACUGUCCCAAUUCCAACCGAAUCUCCUGAACAAUCAACAUUUAAUCCUGAAAAAGAUAAAGCUGCCAGAACAAUUCAAAAAGCUUGGAAAAAUUAUAAUAAUAUCAAACAACUUAGAAAAGAAGCUGAACUUGGACCUCAAUUUGCCAACCAGUUCAAUCAAUUUAUACUCUUAAUUUCUACCUCGAAUCAAAUGAACCAAACACUAAUAAAGAAACUGCUGAAAAACAAAUUCAAGAGCAAACUGUUAAAAGAGAUCAAAUUAUUUUAG